GCACAAUUAUUAUCGGGACCUGCAUGGCUCUCCACCAAUGGAGUGUGACCACGAGCUGGCGAUAUCUGCCCAGGAAUGGACAGACCAGCAAGCCGCUAAAGGUUAUAUGCACCAUUCCAAAUGGACAGAUAAAUUUACUGAAAGCAUUUCUUGGAAAGGAUGGGGUUGGGAAGGGAUGGACAAAAUGGAAGGAGCCAUCGCUGGUGCAGUGAGAAGCUGGUAUUCAGAGAUCAAGAACGGUUAUAAUUACCAAACAGGCCGAGGUACGGGCGUCAUUGGACACUUUCAAGCGGUAGUGUGGGCAGGAGAGACCAAGUUGGGUUGUGGACUUAACAUCAAGCCAAACGAUGGUACUUACGUCACUGCACAUUAUGCUCCGCCAUCUCACACGAGCAUGGAUAAAGAAAAAAUUGCUCCAGAUAAUGUUAAACCUAGGAGAUCACCAGAACCCGGCUGCAAUAUACGUUCCGGUGACCGUGAAUUGUGCAGGCCGGAUCUGACGGCACCAUUCGUCAAUCCAGGAAAUUGCCCCCUAGAAUGUUGCUACGACGACAUGUUUAUGAGUGAGCGGUCGAUAGAGUUUUACAGUCGUAAGGGACGUAAGUGGUGUUUUAAGAGACAAAUGGAGCCGGGAUCCUUAGCAAAAGCUUUUCUAAUAGUGUAUGGUGCCAUGAUCGUUUCAGCUCAAGAAUGGAAAAAUGUUGGAAACUGCGGUGCAGGAUUGAAAUGUGGUCCACAAUGUCAGAGGCUUUGUCUAAUCCAGCACAAUUACUACCGUUCACUGCACAACUCUCCUCCACUUAAAUGCGAUCCGAAUUUAGCCAAAUCGGCACAAUCCUGGGCAGACUCUAAUGCCAACCAUGAGGCCGUCCAAAGAUCAACGCCGACAAAAGAUUACGUCGAAAGCAUUUCCUGGAAGAGGUGGGGCUGGGAAGGAAUGGGGACUAGACUAGGAGCAAUUCCCAGUGCAGUGAGAAGCUGGUAUAGUGAGUUAAAACGUGGUUACGAUUACAACACAGGAAAGGGCAUUGUAAGCCACUUUAAGUCCGUAGUUGACGUUCGAGAGACUCACCUUGGUUGUGGCAUUAGAAUCAAACCGGGUGAUGGAACGUACGUCGUUGCCCAUUAUUCAAUUGCUCCGGGGCUACAAUUCAAGCUAAACGACUUCAGUUCAACUAAAAACAUUGGACCGCCAAAGCAACCAGAUCCUCAGUGUCACCAAAAGUCUUCUGAGAGAGAACAGUGUGGGAGUUUUAAAAGUCCAUUUAUAACUCCUGACAAAUGCUUAAACGCUGGAUGUUGCUAUGAUGAUAUGUUCAUGGACGAACCUGGCUUACAGUGGCACAGUCCAAACGCGUCUUUAUGGUGUUUUAGUAAAAAGGAGGCGGCUGGGUCUGGCUUGAUAACGAAUGUAUCUAUCGCUGGGACAACGCCAUUUCAAUCUCCUCCGCCGCCCCGAAAAGAGAAUGAUUACAAGAUCACCUUCCAGGCAUUUCUCAAGGCAUAUUUGCGGGAAAAGAACGAUCUCAUGCAGAAAUGGAAAAUGGAAGAAAUGCAGCUACAAAAGCAGCGACUAGAGGCUGAAAGUAAGAAGGAGGAGCAGUCCAAGAAGCAACAUCACGAUUUGAUGCAGGUCAUGCUGCAGCAAACCAAACAGCAACAAGAACAAAUGCAAAAUUUUUAG